AUAAAAAAACACGUGCCGUGCAGUUUGUUGCAAUUGAAUUUCGUUAAUGCAGAAGGAAAACAAAAUAUAAAUUAAUUCUUUGAUUUGUGCUAUAAAUAUUCACUGCAAAUAUGGGAAAAGCCAAAAAAAUCAACAAAGUAAAUUCCAAGUCCCAAGUUCCCUUGGAUAAACAAAUGACACAAGGGAAAGUGGUUAAAAAGAACAGAGACAAACUUUACCUUCGCGCAGAAGAACAUUCAGUCGUUGAUAGCAGAACAAGUAAGAAGAUUUUGCAAGCCGCCAAACAGCAACAACUCGACCUCAACGAAGAAAACUUCCCCGAUACUCUUGGUGCAAAACGCAAAACAACAAAAUUCAAUUUGGGACCUUCGCUUAGUGGUUUCGGAGAUGAUGAUGAUGAUGACGAUGAUCGCAACGAAGUUACAGCCGAUGAUUUUAUGGAUGAUUUAAAGAUCGACGAUGACGAUACUGAGGCAUUUGAACGUUUCCAAAACAGUACCAGCGCAAAGCGAACUUUGAAUCUAUCGGAGAUUAUUAAGCAGAAAAUCGCUGAGAAACAAGGUGAACUCCAAUCAAAAUUGAGUGAUCAGGGUUCUCUAAAGAUUGAAGACAUCGACAAAAGAGUUCUUGAAAUGUACGAAGGUGUCAGAGAUGUUAUGAAGCGUUACAAAAGUGGAAAAGUGCCCAAAGCAUUCAAAAUCAUCCCUAAACUGCGUAACUGGGAGCAAAUUCUAUUCAUUACCGAACCACACAACUGGAGUGCUGCUGCAAUGUUCCAAGGAACCAGAAUAUUCUGUUCAAUCUUAUCGCAGUCAAUGGCACAGAGAUUCUAUAACCUGGUUCUCUUGCCAAGAGUUCGCGAUGACUUAAGUGAAUAUAAGAAACUCAAUGUCCAUCUGUAUAAUGCUUUGAAAAGAGCCCUCUUCAAACCAGCCGCUUUUAUGAAGGGAAUUAUUUUGCCUCUCCUAGAGUCGGGAGAUUGCACCCUGCGUGAAGCAAUCAUAUUUGGCAGCAUUGUUUCCAAGAAUCGGAUACCAGUUCUGCAUUCUGCUGCAUGUCUGUUGAAAAUUUGUGAAAUGGGCUACACUGGAGCUAAUUCGAUAUUCAUUCGGAUUUUCCUCGAAAAAAGAUACGCUCUACCGUAUCGAGUUGUAGAUGCUGCAGUUUUCCACUUCCUCAGAUUUGAACAAGACAAACGAGUAAUGCCUGUUUUAUGGCACCAGAGUUUGCUAACGUUCGCUCAGCGUUACAAAAAUGAUAUAUCAUCUGAACAGAAAGAAGCCCUUUUGGGAUUGUUAAAGACACAUGCACAUCCGAAAAUCGGUCCAGAAGUUAGACGAGAACUUCAAUCGGCAGUUUGUCGUGACAUUGAAGGUAUGGAAUGUGAUAAUGCUAAGGGAGCUGUCCCCAUGGAGCAAUAUACAGAUGAAGAUGUUAAUUUUUCAUAGAAUUAUAAUAAAUUAUUAAAAGUAAAUUUUUAAUAGUAAACUAC